AUGGCCCCACAUGAUCAACCCUUGGCACUUCUGCCUGAGGCACCAGCUGUGCUACCCUACAUACCCAGAAGGAUGGAUCCCAAUCCAUUCCCUCCAUCGGUGAGAGGCAGAAGAGGCAGAAGAGGCAGAGGAGGAAUCAACCCCUUUGCCAACAAUGACAGGAACAUACCGGGGGCAAACUGA